GAAAGAGCAGUCCGUCAAUCACUUCCGGGGUCAACAAAUCUUCCACAGGAAGGUUAUCUAACUAACUUGUAUAAUGAGGAAGAUCAUAUGAAACAUUAUCAUCACAUUGUUAAGGUGAAGUCACAUCCUAUCGCAAUGAGCGUCCCUUGUCUACUGUCCACGGCUGCUCGAAGCUUCACAUUGCCGGGAGCGUCCGGUGUGCUGCUACGCGGGUUCCGUGUAUUGUGCACUUGUUCGAUCACAAGGCAUUUUUGUUGUCUUUUCAGGAAAAUGUCAUCCAGAAGACAAAUGGACCAUCUAGAGAGGACAGCCAGCAACUACAGACAAGAUGGUGUAUAUCCGGCGCAGGUAUGUGGCAUCAUGGACGAGUCUGAGACAGUGAAACGCCUCCGGCUAGCUGUCCAUCCAGACUUCACUUUCAGAGCUGGCCAGUGGGUGGACUUCUUCAUCCCUGGUAUGGAGAAGGUAGGAGGAUUCUCUGUGUGCUCCAGUCCAGGUCUGCUGCAGAAAGAGGGUGUCAUCGAGCUGGCUGUCAAAUACACACAACAUCCCCCUGCACACUGGAUACACACCAAGUGCACCAUGGACUCCCAUGUAGCGAUGCGUGUGGGUGGUAACUUUUUCUUUGACCCCCUGCCCUCUGACCCCUCUGUCGACCUGUUGUUGGUGGCUGGGGGCGUGGGCAUUAACCCUCUAUACUCCAUCCUGCUCCAUGCCGCUGACCUGCUACGACAGAACCCCACUAACGCAGGGAGGUGCUACCACAUAGGCUCCACCCACCUCUGCUACAGUGCCAAGAACACACAGGAGCUGCUCUUCAAGAAAAGCAUCAUAAAUGUGUGUAAGGAAUUCCCCGAGAAAUUCUCCUGUGACUUCCACAUCACCGCACAGACCGCAGACAUCGACCAGGAACUCCAACCGUACAUGAACCGUGGGAGGCUGUCAGAGGGGGGGUUGCGUCGCCACGUCGACCCUAACACCACUCUGUGUUACCUGUGUGGCCCUCCACCCAUGAUAGAGAGCAUGGUCGAGACCCUACUCAGCCUAGGCCUAUCCCAGGAAAGGAUACUGUUUGAGAAGUGGUGGUAGUGUGUACUAGAGACAGACCUCUUCAUCAUCAUCUAACCCCGGCCUAACUAUCCCUGCUCUCUCCUCUAGUGCCUAGGAGAUCAGACCAAGCACCAGCCCACGUUACCAUGGCAACAUGUCAAGGACUAUUGGACCAUAUUUGUCCGGAGCUGCACACAUCAUUUUAUUUAUUUAACUUCACCUGAACAUGCGUCUAUACUAGGGCUGUGAAGGUCAGCCGGUGAUUGUCGUGUAUAACUGACCGUUAAUUAACAAACACAUUUAGCAUCUCCUGGCUUCCACUCAUAGCCUACAAGCCCCUGACGCUGACCGUUGGAACAUCUAGACUACUGUUUAAAAGUUUGGGGUCACUUAGAAAUGUCCUUGUUUUUGAAAGAAAGCACAUUUUUUGUCCAUUUUAAAAUAACAUCAAAUUGAUCAGAAAUGCAGUGUAGACAUUAAUGUUGUAAAUGACUAUUGUGCUGAAAACUACAGAUUUUUAUGGAAUAUCUACAUAGGUGUACAGAGGCCCAUUAUCAGCAACCAUCACUCCUGUGAUCCAAUGGGACGUUGUGUUAACUAAUCCAAGUGUAUCAUUUUAAAAGGCUAAUUGAUCAUUAGAAAACCCUUUUGCAAUUGUUAGCACAGCUGAAAACUGUUGUUUUGAUUUAAAGAAGCAAUAAAACUGCCUUCUUUAGACGAGUUGAGUAUCUGGAGCAUCAGCAUUUGUGGGUUCGAUUACAGGCUCAAAAUGGACAGAAACAAAGCCCUUUCUUCUGAAACUCGUCAGUCUAUUCUUGAUCUGAGAAAUGAAGGCUAUUCCAUGCGAGAAAUUGCCAAGAAACUGAAGAUCUCGAACAACGCUGUGUACUACUCCCUUCACAGAACAGCGCAAACUGGCUCUAAAAAGAGGAGUGGGAGGCCCCGGUGCACAACUGAGCAAGAGGACAAGUACAUUAGAGUUUCUAGUUUGAGAAACAGACGCCUCACAAGUCCUCAACUGGCAGCUUCAUUAAAUAGUACCCUCAAAACAUCAGUCUCAACGUCAACAGUGAAGAGGCGACUCUGGGAUGCUGGCCUAGGCAGAGUUCCUCUGUCCUGUGUCUGUCUUCUUUUGCCCAUCUUAAUAUUUUCUUUUUAUUGGCCAGUCUCAGAUAUGGCUUUUUCUUUGCAACUGCCUAGAAGGCCAGCAUCCCAGAGUCGACUCUUCACUGUUGAUGUUGAGACUUGUGUUUUGCGUGUACUAUUUAAUGAAGCUGCCAGUUGAGGACUUGUGAGACGUCUAGUUUGAGAAACAGACACUCUAAUGUACUUGUCUUCUUGCUCAGUUGUGCACCGGGGCCUCCCACUCCUCUUUCUUUUCUGGUUAGAGCCAGUUUACGCUGUUCUGUGAAGGGGGGAGGCAUGCGCUAUUUCUUGCCUUACUGAGCACACAAGCUUGGAGUCAUUCACAAGUGAUAGGCUAAAAUUGUCACCCAUCAGACUAUUCUUGAUUUAAUCUUGUCUUUAAGUGCAUGGAUGACAUUUAGUUUAUGUAAAUAGCAAAUGGAGGACGCUUUUCCUGUGGUUCAUUUUCAUGCCAGCCAGGUAGGAUAUACUUCUGUUGUAAAGAGAAGCAAUGUGCUUAAUAUAAUAAGUAAAUAUCGUAGACCUAGCCCAUAGAAAGCUGAUUGGAUCCUCUUUUUAAUAGAGGCCAUCAAAAAAAAAAAAAUCUCAGAAAUUGCAUAGCCUAUAGAAAUGUUGAGCAACAUGAGCUCAUGGGCUCUUACGAAGUUUGAUUACAUUUUCCAAUACAUUUGCAUUGAUGUCAGUGAUUAGAGGGACAAUAGAGCGCUAACCUAGUGGUUAGCAAGUUUGGUAGGCUACUAAUGAGCAUCGGAGCUUGGAGAAGCCUUGUUACGUGACUAAACAGUCAUGUUGAAUUUGACUGCGGUAAUGACUCGUGACCACUGGUGUGGCAGUAAUACGGUCACAAUAACAGCACAAGUCUCUACCAGGUACUAACUUGAACAAUUGGCUUGACUUGGGUACAACUUGAACAAAUUAAUGCAUCUUUACCAUGAAUAUUCACUUGGCUCAGGUGUUCAUCAAAUGCAAUGAACAUAAGUUGUACAAGGCUCAUUGCACUGAGCCUGACUGAUUUUGACCUCUGACCCGUGUGAAGUGCAGUAUAAAAUGUAUAUAUACGUUUCUUGAUGGUGCACAUUGCCCAGUGGAGAAACGUUCUCAACUGUUUUCUGAUUAUGAAAAUAAAUAAUUUUAUUCAGUGGA